UAUCGGAACUGUCGGAACUCUAACGGAGGCAGGCGUAUCUAGUUUCUUGUCAAAGGGAAUAUCUACAGCGCAACGAGCAAUUGUAUAUUUUUUUUUAAAGAAAAUGGUAUCUGUAUUUUUCUCACAGCCAAUGACAUCUGCCAUGACGGGAAUGGAAGAUCAAGAAAAAUUAUUGGAGGAUGCAAUUGGCGUGGUAAAAGUUCAAGCUUUUCAAAUGAAACAUUGUCUCGAUAAAUCCAAACUAAUGGAUGCUCUCAAACAUGCUUCUACUAUGCUGGGGGAACUUAGGACCUCACUUUUGAGUCCAAAGAGCUACUAUGAAUUGUAUAUGGCAAUCACAGAUGAACUACGACAUUUGGAACUUUAUUUGUUAGAUGAGUUUCAGAAAGGAAGAAAAGUUACAGAUCUUUAUGAAUUAGUACAAUAUGUUGGUAAUAUUGUACCUAGACUUUAUUUACUUAUUACUGUUGGUUUGGUUUAUAUCAAGACAACUCCAGGCUUAAAAAGAGAUCUUUUGAGAGAUCUUGUAGAAAUGUGCAGAGGAGUGCAACAUCCUUUGCGAGGUUUAUUUCUGAGAAAUUAUCUAUUGCAAUGCACAAGAAAUAUUUUGCCAGAUGUUGCCGAAGGUGAUGAUGAAGAUGGAACAGUCCGUGACAGCAUAGAUUUUGUUCUCAUGAAUUUUGCAGAAAUGAAUAAAUUGUGGGUACGCAUGCAACAUCAGGGACACAGUAGGGAUAGAGAGAGAAGGGAGAGAGAAAGGGAAGAGCUUAGAAUUUUAGUGGGAACUAAUCUUGUACGACUUAGUCAACUUGAGUCUGUAACAUUAGAUAAAUAUAAGAAGCUUGUAUUGCCAGGCAUCUUAGAACAGGUGGUUAGUUGUAGAGACGCAAUAGCACAGGAAUACCUUAUGGAAUGUAUAAUUCAGGUGUUUCCUGAUGAAUUUCAUUUGCAAACGUUAAAUGCAUUUCUAAAAUCCUGUGCAGAAUUACAAACUGGAGUGAAUGUUAAGAACAUAAUUAUAUCAUUGAUUGACCGACUCGCAGCUUUUAGCCAACGAUCUGACGGUGUAGGAGGACCAGGAAGUCCUAGUCAAGUACCAGGAAUCCCACAAGAUGUUAAGCUUUUUGACGUAUUUAGUGAUCAAAUUGCCACUAUUAUACAGACAAGGCAAGAUAUGCCUCCCGAAGAUAUUGUGUCACUUCAAGUAGCUCUCAUAAAUUUAGCACAUAAAUGCUAUCCCGAUCGGGUAGAUUACGUAGAUAAGGUUUUAUUCACUACUGUCCAGAUUUUCCAGAAACAAAAUGUCGACAAAUUGGAAUAUAAUAGCGCCGUUUCGAGAGAGUUGGUGAGACUAAUGAAAAUUCCUGUAGACAACUACAAGAAUAUAUUAACCGUAUUAAAACUUGAACAUUAUGCACCUCUUCUGGAUUAUUUCGAUUAUGAGGGUAGAAAACUGCUAGCUAUCUAUAUAAUAACAAAUAUAUUAGAAAACGAAACAUUGAUACCGACACAAGAGCAAGUAGAUGCCGUGUUGUCCAUGGUAUCACCCUUGGUGCAAGAUCAACCGGAUCAACCAAACAUAGAGGAAGAUCCCGAAGAUUUCGCCGAGGAACAAGGAUUGCUCGGCAGACUGAUACAUCAUUUUAAGUCAGAGACGGCGGAUCAACAGUACAUGAUAUUAAGCGCUGCGAGGAAGCAUUUCAGUACAGGCGGUAACAAAAGAAUAAAAUAUACUCUACCACCUAUAGUUUUCCAGAGUUAUCAAUUGGCUUUUACAUAUAAAGCAUUGAAAGAUCAGGAUGAAAUGUGGCAAAAGAAAUGUCAGAAAAUCUUUCAAUUCUGCCACACGACUAUCACGGCUCUGAUGAAGGCUGAACUGGCUGAACUACCUUUAAGGCUAUUUCUGCAAGGCGCGAUAGCGAUCGGUGAAAUCCGCUUCGAUAACUUCGAGAUGGUUGCGUACGAAUUUAUGAGUCAAGCAUUUUCGAUAUAUGAGGAUGAGAUAAGUGACUCGAAAGCGCAACUCGCGGCCAUCACCUUGAUCAUCGCCACAUUCGAACAAAUGAGUUGUUUUAGUGAGGAAAAUGCAGAGCCGGUGCGCAAUCAAUGCGCUUUAUACGCUAGUAAAUUGCUGAGGAAGCCUGACCAAUGUAGAGGUGUCGCAACCUGCUCUCACAUAUUUUGGUCGGGGAAGUCUUUAGCUACAGACGGAAAAGAGAUGCAAGAAGGCAGCAAAGUGUUAGAUUGCUUGAAGAAAGGUAUUAGGAUAGCGAGCCAAUGUAUGGACACGUCGGUGCAAGUGCAGCUAUAUGUAGAACUACUGAAUCAUUAUAUUUAUUUCUACGAAAAAGGAAAUACAGCUGUAACUGUACAGAUAUUGAAUCAAGUAAUCGCGAAAAUUAGGGAGGAGCUUCCUAAUUUAGAAGCGAGCGAGGAAACUGAUCAAAUACAAAAGCAUUUAGCAAACACGUUAGAACAUUUAAGAAAUAGGAUGGAGUCUCCAGAAUCUGAUGGACUUUCUUAUCACGAUCUUGUUCUUUAACUGUAAGGAAUUGACACUGUAAUUUUGUAAAUAAUAUAUUUCUAGAAUAUACAAAAUAACUGGGCCGAUUGCGCCAACAAUUAGCGUUGAUCCCGAUUAAUUUAAUUCUCAUUUUCCAUCUUCAUUGUUAACAGAAAUGUACGAGAAAAGAUA